UCAAUGGGCUGCCCGAUGUGCAACACGCAGAAAUGUGUAUGGGGGAGAAAAAAUAUGCAAGUGGGAACACGCUUUCCCGUAACCGGAAGUGUGUGAUUUGUGGCCUUAAAGUGCAGGGGCGGACUGACAACUCAUGGGGCCCCCGGGCAAUAGGGGAUCAUGGGGCCCCUGUGUCCUCGCCCACACCCGAAAAAGCCAAUGAAAGGUACCAGGGGCAUCUCAUGGGGCCCCCUACUGCCCCCGGGCCCUCGGGCAUUGCCAGAGUGCUCGAAAGUGGUUAGUCCGCCCCUGGUGUGUACUGUCAUCCCUGCCAGAAGGCAG